AUGGCGGAAGAGCUGUCCGAGGAGCGCAAGUUGAUCCUUCAGAAGCGGCGCGAGCUGCGUAAGGCCAAGAAGGCCAAGGCCAAGCAGUUCAAAGAGCAGAAGCAACAAGCUCGUCGUGAGAAAAAGGCCGAGAUCGUGGCCAAAAUCCGCGCCAAACGCGAGGAGGCACAGAACAACGGCAACAGCGGCGAGGAAGGAUGCUGGCUUUGUGGCGAGACGUCGCACCGCAAGCAGGAUUGCCCCAAUCGAGCGGCUGGAGACUUGAACAAAACUUGUUUCCAGUGCCGUCGUCGCGGCCACACAUCGCACAAUUGUCCGCAGAAUGGCAAGGGCGGCUUCGGCGGUCAACACCAGCAACAAGCCGCAGUUUGCUUUAACUGCGGCGCGGACGACCACGCACUGCGCGACUGUCGUAAACCCAUGGAGAACGGCGGGGCCACGUAUGCCACGUGCUUCGUAUGCGGCCAGCAAGGACAUCUCAGCAGCAAGUGUCCGCAGAACAAGAUGGGUGUAUACCCCAAGGGCGGAUGUUGCAAGGUCUGCAAGAGCGUAGAACACCUGGCACGCGACUGCCCGGUCGGCAACAUUUCAGCAGACGGUAGUAGUGGCGAGAAGAAGAACAAGAAGAUGACGUUCGCGGACGAUGACGAGGACUACGUCGACACUGGCGACAAGACAGGAGACGCGCUCGACUCGUUCCAGCUCGGCCUGGAAGGCGAAGACGACGACAGCGAGGACAAACCUAAGAAAAGUAGCAGAUCGCACCCCAAGCGGGUGAAAUUCUAGACACUUUUACCUUUCAUGAAUAAACACGCAUGGCUUCUCUAAAGCA